CUAUCGAACGUCGAGGCGCAGUGGGCCAAGUUGUCGAGUGAGGAAAAGGUGGCUGUUCAUGAGCAGCUUGAGGUUCUGCAGAAGAAGGAUUGGAAGGAAUUGUCGCUCGAUGAGAAAAAAGCUGCAUACUACGUAGCCUUUGGCCCUCACGGCCCACGCACACCCACCAGCCAACCCGGCGACAACCUCAAGAUCUUCCUAAGCACAUUCGCCCUCGUCGGCGUUGCCGGCGUGCUUUUCUACGCUAUUCGACAAUACGCUGCGCCCCCGCCAAAGACACUGACCAAGGAAUGGCAAGAAGCUAGCAAUGAGCGUGCGUUGGAGAUGAAGCUUAACCCUAUUACAGGUAUCUCAUCAGAAGGCUACACCGGCAAAGGGUUCGUACAAUCA